AUCAGGUUUCGCGCGCACUUGAAUCGCUUCAGAUUUCUCAGUCCCUUCCCAUGGCUCUGCAGCCUUAGUAAUGUAAAAGCAUGUAUAUUAUGCAAACACACGCACCUUCUCACUGCGAUCACAAUCGUGCAUUUGGAAGGAAGUUGACCUCUUAAUAAAGGAACAACUUUACAUUGUGGAAACCAUGCUUGGUGACCAGUUUUAUAAAGAGGCCAUUGAACACUGUCGCAGCUACAAUGCCCGCCUCUGUGCUGAGCGCAGCGUGCGGAUGCCCUUCUUGGACUCUCAAACUGGUGUGGCUCAGAACAACUGCUACAUCUGGAUGGAAAAGCAUCACCGCCGACCAGGCCAAGCGGCGGGGCAGAUGUAUACAUACCCUGCUCGGUGCUGGAGGAAAAAGAGGCAACUCCACCCCCCCCUGGAUCCCCAGCUUCGCCUGUGUGAGCUUCGGUUAGAAGCAGAUCUUGCCCCCAAACGUGAGGGGCCGCCGGGGGAGGCCACCGCCUUGGAGGCCCUCCUGAGGGGGGACAACCUUUUGGAGAAAAAAAACAGCCUCAGUAAAGAUGAAGAGACGCUGCUGGAAAUACAGAGAGUCCUGGAGGCAGAGGAAAAUGGAGAUAGCUUGCAUGAAGAUGAGGAGCUGGAAGUUGAUGCGCCGAAGAAAAAGAACAGGAAUAGAGGCAAAAGCCGAGGAUCAACACGCAGAAGGACGGAAUCUGCCAAUGCUGAAGACCAGGACAAGCCUUACAUCUGUGACAAUAGGUACAAACAAAAGCAUAACUCAAAAAAGACUGAAGAAGUCUGUGGGAAGCGCUACAAGAACCGGCCGGGUCUGAGCUACCACUACACCCACACUCACCUGGCCGAUGAGGAAGGCGAAGAAGAGAAGGAUGCAGAGAUGGCCCCGCCUUCCCCUCGCAACCCAGAUAAUCACAAACCUCAAAAGGGCUCUGAUGGCACCAUCAUUCCCAACGACUACUGUGACUUUUGCUUGGGAGACCAGGACGCUAACAGGAAGACAGGUCAGGCAGAGGAGUUGGUGUCCUGCUCCGACUGUGGGCGUUCUGGCCACCCCACAUGUUUGCAGUUCACAGAAAACAUGAUGCAGGCGGUGAGGACGUAUCAGUGGCAGUGCAUCGAGUGCAAGUCCUGCAGCCUGUGUGGUACCUCUGAGAAUGACGACCAGUUGCUGUUCUGUGAUGACUGUGAUCGAGGAUAUCACAUGUACUGCUUGAAACCUCCCAUGACUCAGCCUCCUGAAGGGAGCUGGAGCUGUCACCUGUGUCUGGACCUGUUAAAAGACAAGGCCUCAGCCCACAUAGAAGCAUAAUUGGAACCAGCGACUUAUUCUUACAAUACACAGUGUCAUGGAAAAGAUGGCUGAUCCCCCUUAAACCUUUAUGCUCAUUUUAAAAUUACAGACAAAUAAUAUUUUUUAUAGAUUAAAUGUCACUUCAAGCUUUUUUUUUUUAGCAGAAAUCGUUGCAAAACCCUCAAAAGGUGUGCAGUGCAUAUGUAUUCAAUGCCCAUACUCAAAAGUUUGGGUAAAUACUUUUUACUUUUUGGUUAGUCUUAUGCAGCCUCUAGCUGGUUUUUAUUCAGUUGUUUAUUUUGUGCUGUCCAUCUUCCAAUUAACUCUCAGCUUCCCUGGCCAUGCUGAAGAAAAGCAUUGUUCCACCCCACCUCGUUUCAUCAUGGUGAUGGUGUUUAUGGGGCGAUGCGCACUGUCAGUAUUUUGACACAUGUAAUGUAUAUAUGUUCCAGAAGCUUUUGUUUUGGUUUCCCUCUGACUUAGAGCUCGUUGUUUGACAUGUUUUCAGCGUCAGCUUCAUGGCUUUUGUCAAAAUUAAGCAGCUUUUUUUGUUGCUUUCUAUCUACAGUGUCAUUAUACCUGCCUUUCGUCUUUAAGGGCAGAUUUCUUGAUGGAUACCAAUAGGUGUUGUUUUAAUACAGUAGAUUGUCCUUCCUGAUCCCUGAAGCUCCUCCAGAGUCACCGCCUUCUUCACUGCUUCUUAGGUUAAUGCUCUCUGUUUAGUAGGAUGGCCCUCGCAAAAUAUAUGUCCCAUCUUAAAGGUAUAAAGGAAGAUUUUUGCAAACUUUUGAAAGGACCCCCCCUCUCCAAUUUUUAAACAAUUGCACAUGUACAGUACAACCCUGUACCUGCUCAGGAGAGGGAACGUCUAUUAUAUGCAUGCGAGAGCUUGCACAAGCCCAUUUCUCCUCGUGAAUGCUCUGUUUAAAAGUUGCUGUUUGCAUCGCUCAUACAAGCUUACUUUCCAAAAGAAGAUUUGCAAAUUUUCUGCUAUGUUAGACUCACCACCGGUGAGUGAAAAUGGGGAUGAGCAGUUAGGACGGCCUUAUGUAAACGUAUCACCAGAGUCAUUGACAAUUAGGAGGACCACUUAUUUUGAUUAUCCACCCAGAAAAAGAACUUCCUCCUCUAUACCUUUAAGAUGAUGGACUGAACAGUGCUCAAUGAGAUGUUUGAAUAACUUUUUUCAGCUUUAAUCUUCUCAACAAUUGUUGUAUUUCUUGUAUCCUUUCUCUUUUAUCAGGAUUUAAAGAGUAGAAAACCGCUCUUCUCCUAACUUAUAAAGUUUUCCCAACUGUAUUAAUACUCACCUUUAGCUGCACAGGAUUUUAUGUAAAGAUAUGAAUGAAAACUCAUAUAAUCCUAAUACAAAAAAUUGGGGGAGUUAAAGGCUGAAUAUUUUUUGCAAGGCCCUGUACACAAAAAGUGUUUGUUAUUACAUAUUAGCAGUUCAAUGUACCGUAUGCACAUGAGUGGAGAAACCCUUUCUAAACAGGCUUUAAAAAUGCAGGGACUUCAGACAGCUCAUGAAACAACCCCACAUGCACACAUUCCAGCACAUUAGCAGGCACAGGGCAGCUUCCUGUUUAAGGAGACGAAACCUUUUUCCUCCCAUUUAGCAAAGCAAUACUCCACAGAUGCAUAUGUCAUCAGAGUGCAACCUCAACCACAGGUCAACGAAAAGCAAGUCUGCCGUUUAAAUACAUCUCUACCUCACCAAGUGGAAGUCAAGGAGCCAAUGCAGGAUUGUUAACCCAUUUUAGUACCUGUCUGUUGAAUUUAGAUGCUAAUUUGAAAACAAACCUAUUUAGGAUGUUUAGAAGGUGUUUGCUAAAGCCCUACCACCUUCUUUUCUUUCUGCUCUGAGGUUUCCAGCUGAGAAAAACCCGGAUCACUUUGACUGAUGUUUGUUUAAAGUGUCCCUCCAGCUCGCCAGCUCCACUGCUGUGUUUAGACUCUGCAGUGACAUUUCUGUUUUAUAUCUGGAAAGAUUCUGCACCAGUUUCCCCCAUGUUUCACAAGGGUUUUGUCAAGCCAUGAAUUUACAUCAAAAGCCAGAGGAAAGAAGGGAUUAAAAAAACCCUCAUCUGUAGUUCAUUUUUUAAAUCCAUGCCUGUUUUCUGUACAAGUAGAGUUAGUGGUGUUUGUGGUGCUCACUGGUGACUUCAAACAGAUGAAUUUACCUUUACUUGUAAUUAUGAAUCUGUCGUUGAUAAUAGGUCAGUCUUGCUGUCAGUGACUUCAUUCAGUAUAAAUCAUAGUUCUCCAAACUGUUAUUGUUCCUAUCUUAACAAAACACUAUUUACACUAUAGCUGUGUCAUCUUGUUAAAAAAAGCACGGCUUAGAUCUUGUCUAAACUCUAAAGGAAUGCAAACAAAACUGCCAAAAAA